CUCUCCACCCAGACACCAGUUCCUCUUCCCGCUGCUGAGUCGCUGGUGCAGAGCCAGAGGAACGCCAGGGACCCCAGAAGCGCCGCGGAGGGUGCUGGCCGCUGCACCCGGUAUCCAGGUGCGCCAGGACACAGCCCCUGCUGCUGUGGCUUUUGCAGCAUCGCCGACACAAAAGCGUGGCAGUGGGACCCAAAAGGUGGCUUGGAUGGGGGGCGCCCUGGCCUGGACGCUGCUGCUGCCGCUGCUGCUGCCGGAGUCGGACGGCUGGGACCUGUCGUGCGCCGUCUCCUCCGCGGAUGUGGACUGGAGCGCGGAGUUCAGGGACACGUGCCUGAACUUCAGCGGCCUCAACCUGAGCCUGCCCCAGAACCAGUCCCUGCGGGCGCCCGAGGUGCGUCUCCUGGACCUGUCUGCGAACAGGCUGAGCGAGCUCCCGGCGACCUUCUUCUCCGGCCUGCAGAGGCUUCAGCUCCUGAACGUGCUGCAAAACCCCCUGUCCCGGGUGGACGGGGCGCUGGCCGCGCGCUGUGACCUGGACCUGCGGGCCGACUGCCGCUGCGCCCUGGCCUCCUGGCACCAGGUCCGGAGAGACAACUGCUCUGGCCAGACGCCCCUGCUCUGCUGGGACACCGCCGCCGGCUCCCAGCGCAACCUCUCUGCCUUCCUGGAGGUUAGCUGCGCCCCCGGCCUGGCCCCUGCGACCAUCGCGGCGGCGGCGGCCAGCGGGUGCCUGCUGCUCGGAAUUGCCAUCGCCGGCCCCUUGCUGGCCUGGAGACUCUGGCGGCGCCGCGUGGCCAGAAGCCCGGACGCGGGCAAGCCCUGGGCUGCUCAGGAUGGGCCCAAGCCCGGUUCAGGCUUGCAGCCACGGUACAGCAGCCGGAACUCCCGCAAGUCCCAGGUGGUCACCCCACCCCGCCCCUCCACUCCCGACUAUGAGAACAUGUUUGUGGGCCAGCCAGGAGCCGAGCACCAGUGGGCCGGACAGGGGUAAGUAACCCAUGAAGACACCUGCCAAGAUGGCGAAUAGCAAAGCUCCACACACAGACAACCCGGGUUCAAAUCCCGGCUCUGCGGGGCGCAGUGGCACAUGCCUUGAAUCUCAGCACUUUGGGAUGUUGAGGUGAACGGAUCAUGAGGUCAGGAG